CAAAUAGGACUGUCGGAGAACCUUUUUUGCGAAUGGGGCGUUACAGGUGAAUUCUAAUGGCCCGACGGAUUACCCACACAACGGACCUAGGCUGCAUCACCUGCGGUGAUCUGUCGGAUCUCGGCGCCGGCAAGGAGGGUUGGCUCGUCGGGAACCCUAAUCUUCUCACCGCUCUGGAUACCCACUCUAUUGCGCUCGCGGACCGCUCAAUUAUCAUCGUCAUCCAGUGGCUGGGCGGCGGCGGCGCCCCGGAUGCCAAGAUCACACCCGAACUCUCCCCGAUCCAAUCCGAGUAUAUAUCCGCUCUGGAGUGGUUAAUAUCUGAUGACAUCAAAGUAAUCGCGGUCGGCACGUCUUGUGGGUAUUUGCUGAUUUACUCUCUCCGCGGAGAUCUCAUUCACAAACAGCUAGUAAACACGGGGAAAGUCCUUAAGUUGAGGGUUCGCGUAACUAAAAAAAAUCAGAUGCAUGAUGCAUCUUUAGAGGAAGUAUGUGUUGUUAUGCCAGGCACGGUUGCUCGCUUUGAGGGAUCUGAUAUUCAGAGAAUGCUUCAGAAAUGGUUUCGAGAAAGGUACUCUCAGUCAUGGGAUCCCAAUAGCAGAGAAGUGGAAGAUUCCGGGAAUUCUUUUGCAAGGCUUCCUUACCAGUUAUGGAAUAUUAACAAGUAUGGAUCUUGUUUUGAUGCUGCUAUCACAGGCGUGAUCCCCCCUCCUCUUAUGGAACUUCAGCUGCUUUUAUUGUUGGACAGUCAAGUCAGCAUUAUUAUUGUGCAAUCACUGUGGGAGACAACGCUGUGAUUUCUGCUUAUAGACUUUCAGUGGACAAAAGUCGAUCAAUAGUUGGGGCCAUUCUGUCCAAAGUAGUGCCAGCAACAUUUUCAACAAUAUCAUCUUUCUCGAAAAUGUUUUGGCGGAGUGAGCAAGCAUCCACAAGAAAAUCAGAACCAAAACCUCAACCUUUUUCUCAAGCUUCUCCUCUGACUUGCUUGAAAGAUCAGCCAAGAAAAGGUGAAAAGCUCACAUUAUCACCAAAUCGAACUUUGGCUGCAAUAACUGAUUCCCUCGGCCGUAUCAUGCUUUUGGACACUCAGGCACUUGUUGUAGUCAGAUUGUGGAAGGGAUAUCGUGAUGCAAGCUGCUUAUUCGUGGAGAUGCUUCUCAAUAAAGAUUCUUCCACAUUGAAGUCUCCACGUCAUGAAUAUACAAAGAGUGACUAUUGCUUAUGUCUUGCCAUUCAUGCACCUCGCAAAGGGAUAGUAGAGAUUUGGCAGAUGCGAACUGGGCCUCGCCUUCAAACCAUUCCGCUACUCAAGGGCAGCAAAGUAUUGCAACCGGCAUAUUGUUUUAGCUUAUCUUCAGAAGAAUCAUCAUCGGCUUCUGCAUAUGUACCCUUGGAUGUUUUCUUUUUGAAUGGAGACUCUGGUCAGCUAUCUGUUCUUAACAGAUCUCUUAAUCAAACCACUGCCAGCUAAUUGUAUUAGAAUAGAAGAAAAAAAUCACAUGUCCUAUUUUCCUGCAAUAGUCCAAAAUACCCCACAAUGUAUGCAUGUAGACUCCAAAAACACGGGCUUGACUGGUUGGGGAGCGUGAACUGGUCUUUUAUCUUCUUUCAUCACCAUCUGUUAUUGUUAUCUAUGGACAAUAUAGAAAAUAAUCAAAGGUAGACCUAAAAGUUACAAUUUGGACUCUUUCAGUUGACGUACUUUCAGGAUGCAUUUUUUGAUGAAAUCUUGUGAGCCUUUUCUC